CUGAUUUGUUUGAUUGGAUACAGAUAAUGUUUCAGCAGAUCGUCCUAUUUUCCGUGGAAAACCUAUUUAUUCUCUUUGUCAACACAUCUAUGGAACAUAGCGGAAGAGUUCUUUCUACGAAUAUUCAACAGAAUUAAAGUGACAGGGAUGUUUACGUAUCGUUAGCCAGAGACCGAGGUUAAUCGGCUAGCACAUGUGUCGACAUAUUGAGGACAGAACCGGAUCUAGUUGUUCUAAGGAUUAAUGACAACUAAUCAAAGAAAGAAAGAACACCAUGAUGGAUAAAGGCACAGUCGUGUAAUCGACACAGCGAUCGUAAAGGGAGACUUACGUAUUGUGAAAGAUACCUACACUAUUGAAAACAGGAAGUACCGCUUUAAAUCUUGAGUUUCAAGUGAACGAUACACAUCUUUUUAAGACAGUGUUAUCGAAAACACUGUUAUGUUAUAUAUUUGAAUACUUGGAUAAUAGGAUAACAAACUGUUUUCGUGAUUGUCAGUUAAUCACUUUUAAUCAGAGGCAUUAUGGGAUGUAUCGGCAUAUACUUCAGUUAUUAUCUAACGAUUUUUCUUCUGUGCCCUGGAAUUGUGGUUGCCAAUACAACCAUCUCUCCUUCAAACUCGACAGAUUUCUACAUCACAACAGUGUCCAGAUUGGUUUCUAAGGAUCAGUUUCUGCCGGCUGGCUGGGAAGAUAUGUGCACGAUGAGAGAAAUCGGCCAUAACAAUGUGUAUUUCCAAUGCACCAUUGAAACAGCUUAUUCUGGUCUUUGGCGACUGGACACUCUGAGAGACUGGAUUUCCUCGUCAACACUCCGCUACCAUUUUCAUGUGUAUUGUUCUAACUGGUCAAAGGUGUCCAUUCCCUGGCCAGUCAAGGCACUGCAUCUUGUCAGCUUGCAGGUCCACGACUGUUUAAUCACCGAUUUCCUUUCUGAAUCAUCAUUUGGAGAGAACAGUUCCAAAGCUGGAAUCCCUGACCAAUUAAUUGAUCUGAAAUUCGUUGACAGUGAAAUAUCAAUCGACAUAUUUGGAUUAGUUACUUAUAUGAGUAAUAUUGCAAGUAUGCCGAAAGAUUUCAUUUGUGGACAUGAAGACACCAUCGUUGAUGUCGCUCUCCGGAACAUCACAUACAAAUUCGACGAUACCAAUAUAAUGGACUUUUUAGGUUCCUUUGAUGAUGAAGCAAGUAAUUCAAACGGAUCCACGACUGCUCCUGUAAAUCUGGGAAAUAAAAUAAUGGACGUUGGCAAAACAUUUUUAGACGAAAACAGAAAAAUUCAAUAUAAGUGUGAGUACCUUAAACUGAAAUAUAUCGACCAAAGCGUAAGUGCCACUAAGUCCAGAUACCAUAUUGAUGUAUUGACAGAAAAUUCAUUUUUCAAGGAAGUGCGUGUCUACAAUAUGUCUCGAACGAGAAUGACGCUUCUGAAUUCCAAAUUUAAAACAUGGUGGAUGGAUUUUCCUAAGCUGGAGUUUCUGGAUUUAUCUUACAAUUAUAUAGACACGUUUGACUUGGAUACAACGGCUGUGGCCUGGGACUUACCACUUCUUCAUGUCAACGUUAGUCACAAUAAUAUAACAAGGAUUACUACAAAUUAUAUCUCUAAAUUAGCAAAACUUUCAUCGGUUUUGAUAGUUAACCUUGAAGGGAAUCCAUUCCAUUGUGACUGUAGCCCUGAUAUGGAAAGUGUUGUUGAUCUUGUACAAAAUGAUGGUGUUUGGAAAAAUAAGUUAUAUUUUCCAUACGCGUACCUUCGCUAUCUUAGAUGUGCUACCCCUAAAAGUGCCAAAGGAAAAACUUUUGUCAGUUUGACAAGAGCCGACUUGUCGUGUGAGAUGACGUCAUAUGCACCUAUAAUAAUAUUAAGUGUUGUAGUUGUUUUUCUUCUUGUGCUGAUCAUUGUCAUGACAAGAUACAGGCGGGAAAUUCAAAUCUUAACCUACACGAGAUUCCACGUGAUCUUGCCUUGUCAGCCUCACGAGAGUUAUCAGAACAAGUUGUAUGACGCAUUUGUCUCGUACAGCAGUGAAAAUGAGGGAUGGGUGAGAAAAACGUUUCAAGCACUUGAAGAGGAAGAACAUAGAAAGGGUUCGAACGGAUAUAAUUUCCGGUUCUGCCUCCAUCAACGAGAUUUCAUUGCAGGCAAAACCAUAUUUGACAAUGUAAUUGAUAGUGUUGAAGCAAGUCACCACACCGUCAUAAUCCUUUCAAAAUACUUCCUUAAUAGCCACUGGUGCAUGUACGAGUUCCAAGAAGCUUUCCAGCAAAGUAUAAUGGAACGGAAACGGCAUCUGAUUGUAGUACUGAUGGAAGAUAUCCCCGAAGCAGAAUUGCCAAAAGAAUUGAAACGGUGUCUGAAAACAUUUACCUACAUCCGGAAAGACGACGCCAUUUUUCAUGAUCGUCUUAUAUAUGCUUUAGCUUUUAAAGGACAAAAGACAGUAGUAGACACUCCAAUUGAGCCUGAAACCCCACCAAUAAUCAUGGAGGAUAAAGUUUCUGAAAUCAACGGCUUCUACAACAUCGCAUUGGAAUCUGACGAUGUCACUGUGUAAAUAGGAACAUUAAUUACGUCGGUAUUCAAUAAUUUGUUGUGUGUUCCCUAUGUAGUACAACGAGAGACCGAACGUAUUUCAGUGACUAUUAUUGAUGUAUUGGACUUUGGAACACAUUAGAAUGCUGUGUUGAAACUCUUAUAAAGAGUGGUACAGGUUCAGAUUUUACGCAUAUAUUUCAUUUUCAAAUUAGUCUUUUUCCAAAAAAUACGAAAUUGAUUGAUUGAAUUAUUAUGUAUGUUACAACCCCCUUCUAUUUUCCAUCACUGACGAGUCCUUGAAGGACGAGGCAGCUGUAUGAUGUCCUUAUCAUUACUGACGAGUCCUAGAAGGACGAGACAGCUGUAUGAUGUCCUUAUCAUUACUGACGAGUCCUUGAAGGACGAGACAGAUGUAUGGUGACCUUAUCAUUACUGACGAGUCCUUGAAGGACGAGACAGCUGUAUGAUGUCCUUAUCAUUACUGACCAGUCCUUGAAGGACGAGACACCUGUAUUGUAGACUUAUAUCUGUCACUAAAUGGAUGUUUAAAGGUGGCAUUAACUCAUGUAGUCUUGAUUAUGAGUGAAUACUUUAGUGAAAAUGUAACAAACCAGCAUAUACUGUUUUAAUAUGAAAGUAAACUAAAGUGUCCGGCAGUUAGCGAUCCUCAUCAUUUGAGUUAUACAUAACACAUGUAUCUGAUGGGUUUUUUCACUCAGAGAUCAGAAUUUUUCAGCAUUUUCGAGUUAGCAUGAAAUACUUAAAGCUGUAUGUUCUCCUUCAAGUACCGUACCACCUUUCAAUUCUUAAACUGAUGGUAUUCACUCAUAAUGUUCGUUAACACAUCUGUUUGCAUUCAGCGCGAUUGCGCAUUUGUCAACUGCUAAAUAUUUCGGAAUGUCAGAUUAUUACUAUGGAAUUCUCGGAUUUACAUAAAAAAUCAUUUCAUUCAUGUG